AGAGAGAGAGAGAGAGAGAAAAAAAAAUGGUAAAUGAUCAUUUGGAUCAAUUACAGAGGCUUUUAAGCUGUGUUGUCUGUCAUAAUUCAUGAUUCUGGUCCUGGGAAAUAGACCAAGAGUUGUCGUGCCAAGAAGGAAGAGGAGAGCACAGCGCGGGGGCAGAGUUGGAUGGAGUUCGUGCAACUUUCCUUUCCCUUUUGCAAAUCUGCCCGCGCCGAGAGAGGAUCAGCACUUUGCUUUGCAGGUUGUGGGGGGGAGGUUUUCUCGACAUGUUUGACUGUAUGGAUGUGCUCGCAGUCAGUCCUGGGCAAAUGCUGGAUUUCUACACCCCAAGCCCUUCGUCUUGCAUGUUGCAAGAGAAAGCCCUGACUGCAUGCUUCAAUGGGCUGACACACAGAGACUGGCCACAGAGACACAGCACUCAAUCAAUUGAAACACAAAGUACCAGUUCUGAGGAGAUUGUACCAAGUCCGCCUUCCCCAAUUCCACCCCCACGUGUGUACAAACCCUGCUUCGUCUGUCAGGACAAAUCUUCAGGCUACCACUAUGGGGUCAGUGCGUGUGAAGGAUGCAAGGGUUUUUUCCGGAGGAGUAUUCAGAAAAACAUGGUUUACACAUGUCACAGAGAAAAGAACUGUGUCAUCAACAAGGUUACUAGGAAUCGCUGCCAGUAUUGCCGGUUGCAGAAGUGCUUUGAAGUGGGCAUGUCAAAAGAGUCAAGUGGACAGCAGGGAACUGGCGACGGAAUGUCACAAAUGCAACACAAAGGAGGUUCCGAAAGGAGAUUUGGCAGAGGCCUGAUGAUCCCAACUGUAAGAAAUGACAGAAACAAGAAGAAAAAGGAGGCACCAAAGCAAGAAUGUUCAGAGAGCUACACGAUGACAGCAGAGUUAGAGGAUCUAAUUGAAAAGAUCUGCAAGGCUCAUCAGGAAACGUUCCCCUCUCUCUGCCAGCUGGGAAAAUACACUACGAUUCUCCGAAUUUGUACCCGAUACACUCCAGAUCAGGACACAAUGACCUUCUCCGAUGGCCUUACUCUCAACAGGACUCAGAUGCACAAUGCAGGUUUUGGGCCACUCACUGACCUCGUCUUUACCUUUGCCAAUCAACUCCUGCCACUCGAAAUGGAUGACACGGAGACUGGCCUUCUCAGUGCCAUCUGCCUGAUCUGUGGAGACCGCCAGGAUUUGGAGGACGCAGGGAAAGUGGACAAAUUGCAGGAACCACUUCUGGAGGCUUUAAAAAUUUAUAUCAGAAAGCGAAGACCCAACAAGCCCCACAUGUUCCCAAAGAUAUUAAUGAAGAUUACAGACCUGCGGAGCAUCAGUGCGAAAGGUGCAGAACGUGUCAUUACACUCAAGUUGGAGAUCCCGGGAUCAAUGCCUCCCCUCAUCCAAGAAAUGCUGGAAAACUCAGAAGGACACGACCCCCUUGCACCAACAGCAAAUACAAGCACAGAAACAAAGGGAGCCAGCAGUCGAGGACCAGAAGCAAGUCCCAGCCCCAGUCACUCCCCCAGCUCUGCAGCCAAUGGACCAGUCAGCCAGCAACCAAAUGCACAGUGAGGAAUGACGCUGCAGCAAUCACAAACAUUCCCAAAUUGUCAUUUUCCUUUCCAGCCCUUCCCCUCAUUUAUGUUACAAAACACUAAGACCUAAAGGACCAAGAUGAUAGAUGUAUAUUCAACGUAAACGGGGCUGAAACUCUUUGACCCUAACGGGCUUUUACAAUUUUUGGGAGGCCAAGCCAUCAAGUGUGUUAUCAGAUGCAGCCCUCCUGGAUUGUACGCAGUCUGCUUAAAGAUCAAUGCCUGGUAGCGCCCAUGAUUGCAUGCUGGAAAGAAGCUGUGGGACAUGGCGUGGAGCUGUGAUUAUUAAUUUAGUUUGUGGAGUUACUCCUUGGUGUAUUCUGAAUUUCUCUAUGUUGGAGUUUCUGGUGCUUUUCAUUGCCUUGCAAACCAUGUCUAAGUACAUACACCACAUUAUGGAACAGAGCCUAAUUGCAUAGGUCAUGGUUGUAGAAUGCUCUGGUUUAGAUAAGAUGGAACAUUUGUUAUUAUUCUUACUGUUCACUGUUGUAUUUUUCUGAUUUUCUUAUUAAGAAACAAAAAAAACACAAAAAAAUUGGAAUGUUAUCAUCCGUGCACCAGCAUUUAGUUCUGUUAAAUAAACAGGGAUUCAUUUCCACCUCCUUUUACAAUAAAAUAAAUACAGUUUGAUAUUUUAAUACCUUUCUUCCUAGCACUUUGUGCUGGUGCUGCGUUCAUUUCACAUUGGCGCAGUUAGCUUACACUACCAUGUCGUUUGUAUGAGUGUUUACAGUUCACAAGCACUUAAAUUACAAUUUUAAAAACAAUUUCCAGAGUACAGUGAGUAAGUAGGAAGCUAAUAUUUUUGUGGUAGGAUUUGCCCAUUGCCUGUUGGUUUUGUACUAGCAUACAAGGCUAGUAAAAAAUGUUUUUUUUUUAAUCCAGCUGUGCAAGUCCAUUUCAUGUUAAGCAACAUAUCAAGCAGUAAAGUGCUGUAAUGAUAGCCUCCAAGGCACAACACUUCUCAGUGUUAUUUUGUUGUUUUGUUUGCUUGUACAUGAGCCAGUAAGUCAGUUUCAUCUGGUGGCCGACACACAUAUCUCUCUGCAGAAGCAUGUAUCUUGUAGAUUUCUUGUUCUUGGGUACAGUGAUUGAGGUUAUUGGAUCAUUCUUGUAGUGUCUGCAGCACUAGUGGAAUGUUGUUUUCUAGCAGUAGCUCUGCUCUGUACUCUUACUGGCUCUAUUUGUACAUUGAGAUUGUUUAACAAUGCUUUCUAUGUUCAUAUACUGGUUACCUUUUCCAUCAAGUUACCUGGCAAAAGAAUAAAGUAUAUUUA